CCAUCGGCCGCACCUACAUGUUCAUGGCCGAGAGCGGCCAGCUGGGGGAGGCCCUGCAGGAGGCCGAGAAAGCCUUCAUGAAGAGCUUGGCUAUUCUGGAAGAGAAGCUGGAAGGGCAGGUGCCGCAGCGGGAGGAGAGCGAGAUGAGGUCCCGGCUCUACCUGAACCUUGGCUUGAUCUAUGACAGCCUGAAGAACCCAGCCAUGCGCACCUCCUACAUCAAGAAGAGCAUCUACAUCUCGGAGCAGGCCCACCUGUCGGAAGACCUCUUCCGAGCCUACUUCAACCUGGGCAACAUCCACCUGCGGGAGAAGGAGCAUUCGCAGGCCAUGCGCUGCCUGGAGCGCGCCCGGGAGUGCGCCUGCAAGAUGAAGGAGAAGUACAUGGAGAGCGAGUGUUACGCCAGCAUUGCCCAGGUGCUGCUGGGUCUGGGGGAUUUCGUAGCCGCCAAACGGUCCCUGAAGAAGGCCUACCGCCUGGGCUCCUGGCAGCCCCAGCAGCGGGACAGCGUUGGCCGCAACCUGCGCUACGCCACGAAGGUGAGUCGCUUGCAAGAAGCCCUGGAGGAGGCAGAGGCCACCAGCGACCUGGGGGCAGCCCUGGGACUCUCGGAGCAACUGGGGGACCUUUUCUGCAAGAUGGGCGAGUAUCGGCGGGCUGCGGAGGCCUACGAGAAGCAG